AUGAGCACCGGGCAACCACUACAAUAUAAAUCACCCCCACAAUAUAAACAACCACCACAAUAUAAAUCACCCCCACAAUAUAAACAACCACAAUAUAAAUCACCCCCACAAUAUAAAUAUAAACAACCACCACAAUAUAAAUCACCCCCACAAUAUAAACAAUCACUUCAAUAA